AUGGAUGAUGAACUUCCGGAAGGAGUAGAGGAUCUGGCAUUCGGCGUACUCGAAGGAGUGGAUCCGAAAAAAAUUGGUGAAGAGGUAGUUGAGGCCGAAGAUGGUGUUGAGGCUGAAGGAUUCGAAGUUGAGAUGAACGGUGCGGACGUAGUCGAAGUUGAAGACGAAUCUGAAAGUCCUGAACUUUCGCUUGAUGUCGCGUCAUUUGAGCUUGCGGUAUAUUGCGCAAUGGUACUCGAAGAAGCCGCAUCCGGAGACGAAGUUCCCGCCGUAGAGACCGCGGACCCAGCUGCUGCUGAGACAGCCGAAGCAGCGGAAGACAGAAGUGAGUUGACUUCUGUGUAG